AAUCAGCAGAAGCAUUAAUCACGUGACACAAUAAUGAAAAUUGUCGACAGACAAAAGAGGAAAAAGAGUUUCUCUCUCUGAGUGCAAAAACGUCAACUAACCUUCACAAUAGGUGUGAAAUAUCCAGCAGAACAUCUGGUUACUCAAUCCUGUUCUCUAAACAUCUUCAUAGUAAAUGUAUUUAAAUUAACUUAAAGAAAAAGAUCAUUAUGUUUCUUUAAUUAGGUUUAGUUCAGUGAUGUUGUUCUCAUGUUGAGGGAGGGACACUGAUAUUUCCAGCACUGGUCAUUAAUAAACAGUGUUAACCACAGAAAGUCCUUCACUGUGAAGAUAAAGUGCUUGAGUUAAAACAGUCAGUCAUUUGGUUGCUGUUGAUCUGAUGAGCUUCAACACGAUAUAUUUUAUGCUGAUGUUGGUCAGAAUGGCUCCUGCUCUUCCUCUGAUCUUUCUGCUCAUGAUUCACGGGGUUUCUAGUGCUGAUUGGGGUGUGAGUUACAGUCCUUCACACAUCUGUGCACUAAAGGACUCAUCAGUGAUAAUGAGAUGCACUUAUACAUACCCUACUGGACAUCAGAUCAAGAACAUGUUCUGGACCAAAGACACUGUAAAAAUGGGUGAAGAGUAUCCAGAUCUGUCUGAGGACCCUGAAUACAGUCAGAGGCUUCAGUAUCUGGGAGAUAAACAGCAGAACUGCACCAUCAGACUGAGUCAUGUGACACUGAAGGAUUCACACGAGUACUAUUUCAGAUUCAUCACUGAUAAAUCUGAUGGUAAAUGGACUGGUAAACCAGGAGUGACUCUUUCUGUCACAGAUCUUCAGGUGGAGUCUCCUGAGAGAGUGACAGAGGGAGAUUCAGUCCGUCUGACAUGUAAAAGCAGCUGCACUCUGACUGACAGAGCAACAUUCAUCUGGUACAGAAACUCACAGCCAUUAACUGAGAGAAGAGACAGAAACAAUGAACUCCUGCUGCAGUCAGUCAGAAGAGAGGAUGCAGGCAGAUAUAGCUGUGCUGUACACGGACACAAUCACACCUCUCCUGCUGUUGAGCUCAAUGUCAUGUAUCCUCCAAAGAACGUCUCAGUGUUGAUAAACGGAUCUGGUGAAAUAGUGUCAGGAGAUUUAGUGACUCUGAACUGCAGCAGUGAUUCAAACCCUCCUGCUCUGAACUUCAGCUGGUUUAAAGGAGGAACGUUUGUAGGAUCUGGAAGAAUCUACAGCAUCUCAGAGAUCAGCUCUGAUGACAGUGGAGAAUACAAGUGCAGAUCCAUCAAUGAACAUGGAGAGAAAUACUCUGAUGCUGUGACUUUAAACGUCAUGUACCCUCCCAGGAACGUCUCAGUGUUGAUAACUGGAUCUGGUGAAAUAGUGUCAGGAGAUUCAGUGACUCUGAUCUGCAGCAGUGAUUCAAACCCUCCUGCUCUGAACUUCAGCUGGUUUAAAGGAAGAACGUUUGUAGGAUCUGGAAGAAUCUUCAGCAUCUCAAAGAUCAGCUCUGAUGACAGUGGAGAAUACAAGUGCAAAUCCAGAAAUAAACAUGGAGAGAAAUACUCUGAUGCUGUGACUUUAAACAUCAUGUACCCUCCCAGGAACGUCUCAGUGUUGAUAUCUGGAUCUGGUGAAACAGUGUCAGGAGAUUCAGUGACUCUGAUCUGCAGCAGUGAUUCAAACCCUCCUGCUCUGAACUUCAGAUGGUUUAAGGAGAAUGAAAGCUCAGCUGUUGGAUCUGGACAGAGUUUCAGUGCACUACAGAGUGGACGCUUCUACUGUCAGGCUCACAAUCAACAUGGAUCUCAGAGAUCAGACGCUGUAACUGUCACAGUUCAUCAUGGUGCUGGUAGGAAUGUGAUUGUGAUCGCAGCAACAUCUGGAGGAUUAUUCAUUAUCAUCAUCAUCAUCAUCAUCCUCUUAAUAAUAAAGAAGCGAAGGAGUGUUAAAUCUGAAGAACUCACAUUGGAAGAGCUCUUUGAUCUAAAAGAUGACACAUAUCAAGAUCUUGAGGUCAAGUCCAUGACCUCAAACUUGUACGAGACAGUCACAAUCUCUGAUCCCAAUGAAUACACAUUUACAGCUCUUGAUCCCAAGCCCAUGACCUCUCACCUGUACGACACAGUCACAAUCUCUGAUCCCAAUGAAUACACAUUUACAGCUCUUGAUCCCAAGCCUAUGACCUCUCACCUGUACAACACUCUAACAAUCUCUGAUUCCAAUGAAGACACAUAUACAGCUCUUGAGCUCAAGUCCACGACCUCUGACCUGUACGACACACUCACAACGGUUCAUCCCAGAGCUCCUGAAGACUCCUGCAGGACUCUUGAUCCUCAGAGCUUUUCUAAACAUGAGAAUCCAUCAAUCAACAGGAAGAUGCUGCAGUAAGAGGCGGAGCAUGAAGGAACCAAUCCUGAGCUCUGUGGGCGGAGCCACAGAUGAUUGACAGGGAUCAUCAGUUCUGAGUCACUAAAGUUGUUUAUUUCUUUAUAGUUGAAGAAACAUGAAACUGUUGCCAGAUCGAUUACAGAAUAAACCAUCUAAAUGCUGAUCAACUAAAUCAAAUUAACAAAAAUUAAACCACAACUGUAUAUUUUCAUGUUUUUCCUCAAAACAAUUUAUGAAAACCCACAAAAAACAUAUAUUUUCCUGCAUCUUUGACUUACACAAAGUCUGCUAUAGGCUACAGUAUCUGGCAACAUGGGUUAAAAACGUAGCUAGUGUAAAUGUUACGAAGAAGAAUCUGAAAAUGAAUUUCAUCUACAAACACUUGAUUUUAAAUCAUAAUCAAUCAUUUUACCCUGAAACACUGAACAAAAUCAUAAUUGUACACAUUCACAAAGGACAAUGUUUCAUUUAUGGUCUCAAAGUGCUCAAUCAGCUUCUGUUAUUCUGUCUUUUGCGUUUCUGUAACUUGAUCAGUUUUAUUUGUGAUCAUCUCAUUUGUUCAAACUCUCAAACUACCACCAGAGGUCACCAUCUCCUGCUACUGACAUCAACCUUGAUGAGCGUCACCUGUCAAUCACAAUCAUUCAUUCAUGACUGGGCACUUAAUCUGGACUGAAAGACUGUUGGACUCUGGCGUACUGUGUUAUUGUUAUGAUAUGACAAUGAUGACAAUUGUUAUUGUUCUUUCAAGCAAUUAAUAAUAAUAAUAAUAAAAUCACAAUUAUUCAUCUUCAA